AUGCCGCUCUUCUGCGAAGCGGGUGGCGGGGCGGGGGCGGGGGCGGGCGGGGGCUGGGGGCGCGGAGGCGGGUGCAUAGAGCGCGGAUGUUUGCACCCAGCGCACAGGCACAAGCAAAGCAGCAGAGCGGCCGCCAUGAGGACGCUCCAGGCAGCGGGGCUGGCGCUGAUGGCGCUGGUGGCGCUGGUGGCGGACGCGGCAGGUGAGGAGACGGCACAGGGGCUGACCUUGGGCACUCUGCUGCGGCGCAAACGCGGAGGUUGCAAGAAGUGCGGAGGCGGCGGCGGAGGCUACCCCGGCGGCGGAGGGGGCGGCUACCCUGGAGGCGGCGGCGGCUAUCCCGGAGGCGCAUGGGAAUCAGUGCCAACUCCAAGACCAACUCCCACUCCAGCCCCAACGCCAACACUAGUACCUACGUUGACACCAGCUCCCGCAUCCACAUUGGUACCUGCUCCAACACUUGAUCCAACGCCCAAACCGGCGCCUACUUCUUGUCCAACAGUGUGGUUGGAU